AUGUUGAAGGCUAAGGAUCUGAUUGAUCAUCAAAUUUGGUGGCAGCUGAGAAUGGGUUCUUCAUUAUUCUGGUUUGAUAACUGGUCUGGACUAGGCCCAUUAUACUUCAUUGUUCCUUCUGAAUUUCAGUGUAAUGAAGCCAUAGAGAAUGUUUCUGAUGUAGUUACUGAUGGUAGGUGGCAUGUGCCUGCCAUUAGAAACAAUUUACCUAAGGACUUGGCUGAAUACAUCUUGACUGAGGUAAAGCCACCUGCUAAACCUGGAGAGAUUGACAAGCCUUGGUGGAUGUUGGAGACAAAUGGAGAAUUUAGUGUCAAAUCUGCAUGGGAAUUUAUAAGGAGCAGAGGUGAAAAGAAGGAGGUUUACAAGAAAUUUGGGUCAAGGGAUUGCCAUUCAAGAUAUCAUUUCUUAUGUGGAGAGUAUGGCAUUUCAAAGUCCCUCUUGAUGAUGUAG